AUGAGAGGAUUUGCAUGGCGGAACGGAACUACAUUGAUAAGCGUCGAAAAACCAGGUAUUCAAGCAGAAACCGAUGUCAUUGUGAAAAUGCACUAUGCGUCCAUUUGUGGAAGUGACCUCCACAUCAUAAAAGGGAAAGUUCCACGCGCAAAGGAAGGUGUAAUACUUGGGCACGAAGGUGUUGGGGAAAUUGUUGCAGUCGGCGGGGCUGUUAAAAGAUUUACAGUUGGUGAUUUGGUGAGCAUCAACUGCAUCACACACUGUGGGCAGUGUUGGUACUGUACACAUGGAUAUAUCAACAAUUGUGAAAAUGGUGGUUGGGAACUCGGGUGUCGACAAAACGGAACCUUUGGAGAGUACGUCAGAGUGAUGCAUGGAGAUCACUCACUAAAUAAAGUGCAAAAGGGGUUUGAGUUGGAUUGUCUCUUUGUCGGAGACAUUUUGUCGAGCGGAUUUUUUGGGUGUGAACUUGGGGAGGUGAAAAAGAAUGAUUUUGUCGCGGUUAUUGGGUGUGGACCUGUCGGGAUGUGCUCGAUGUUGAUGGCAAAAAUGUUGGGAGCAAAGGUUGUUGGGAUUGAUAUUAAAGACGAGAACCUUGCGUUUGCAAAAAGGGAAGAUUUUGCAGACUUUACUUUCAACCCACGUCAGUGCAAUGUCGAAGAGGAAAUUAAAAAAUUGAAUUUCGGGAGGGGAGUGGACUGCGUGAUUGAAAAUGCUGGGAGUGACGACUCGUUUGAAAUGGCUUGGAAAAUCGCGAGGCCAAAUGGUGUGGUGUCAUUAGUCGCGAUGUAUGAAAGUGACCAAAAAUUUCAGUUGCCACUUAUGUAUGGGAAGAACCUCAUUUUUAAGACUGGUGGUGUCGAUGCAACACACUGCGACGAUUUGAUCAAAAUGAUCGAAGAAAGAAGGGUAUCAACAAUGAAGCUUAUUACACACCGGUUUAAAUUCGAUGACUUUGAUGCUGCGAUGAAGCUCUUCAUGGACAAGCCCGAGUUCUGCAUAAAGGUUUGCAUUGAUUUUCAGUGA